UUUUUGUAUGGUUAGGCUCGUUUGACAACUUCUGUUAUCAGUCAGACCAAUGAAGGCAACAUGUCAAGUAAAACUUCUUUUAUUUCUCCUUCUGCUUCUUCCUCAUUAAAUCCCACUCCGAGUCAUGGACGUUUCGCGAAGCUUUUCUCGGCUGCUUUCUACGCAGUCAGCUCUUUUCUUAUCGUCGUUGUGAACAAGACAGUUUUAACAACCUAUAGGUUUCCCUCAUACACAUUCCUUGGAAUUGGACAGAUGGCUUGCACAAUUGUCAUUCUUUACUUAGCCAAAAUGUGCAAAGCAGUCUCUUUUCAGGAUUUUGACAGAAAUUUACACAAAAAGAUUUUUCCUUUGCCAUUACUCUAUGUUGGCAAUCAUGUAACAGGUCUGGGCAGCACAAAGAAGUUAAGCUUACCCAUGUUCACUGUGCUUCGAAAAUUCACUAUUUUACUGACAAUGAUUAUGGAAAAACAAAUAUUGAGAAAGUCUGUUUCACCUCAGCUAGCAUGCAGUGUGUUGGCCAUUGUGUUUGGUGCUCUGAUUGCUGCAAGUUCUGACCUGGCAUUCGAUGCAGAGGGAUAUGCUUUCGUUCUGCUAAAUGAUGUCUUCACAGCUGCCAAUGGCGUGUACACAAAGCAAAAAAUAGGAACAGAGGGCCUGGGCAAGUACGGCGUUUUGUUCUACAAUGCAUUUCUCAUCAUAAUUCCCACUAUUUUAGCAAGUGCCUGCACGGGAGAUUUAGAGAAGGCCAUUGCUUUUAAAGGAUGGGUAUCACUGGGGUUCAUUUUUUAUUUUCUUUUAUCUUGUGUUAUGGGGUUCAUUUUGAUGUACUCCAUUGUUCUAUGCAGUUAUCACAACAGUGCUUUAACCACUACAGUUAUUGGUGCCAUUAAGAAUGUUGCUGUAGCCUACAUUGGUAUAUUCAUUGGAGGGGACUAUGCAUUUUCCUGGCCAAACUUUGUAGGGCUGAAUAUAUGUAUAUCUGGUGGCCUGGUCUAUUCAUACUUAACGUUUCAUAGCACCAGUACCUCCCCAUCACACACAGCAAACAAAGAGGAGGAAGAACUGAGCCAUGAUGUUAAAGAGCCUGAUGAGAUCUCUGAGAAAAGACAGUUUUAAUGUACAGUAUACCCAAAGUUUAAAUUUAUAGUCUAUUUUAUACCAGUAUUUUACUAAUGGUGAAAUUGGUAACUCGAUAUUUUUACAUGGCCAAAUAUUUUUACUCUUGGAAUAUAGUAUUUGAAACUAUUACUAUGGGGUUAAUGUGCUAAAUGUUAUGUUUGUGGUAUAGUAUACAUGCAGUGAGCAUAUGUGGGUUUAUAUGUAAUUAUAUGUAUAUAAUGUGUAUAUAUAAUUGGAAAACAUCAGCUUAAUCUGUAAGCUUUUGUCUGCUGUUCAGUGCUGCUAUACAAUUUUGGCAAACAUUUUCCUUAAAAUAUUUAACUGUAAAGUUUUUACACAUACCACUGCCUUAUUCCAGUCCAGUGUACCACAUAAUAUUAUUGUACAUGUGUCUAAGAUCUCCUGUCAAAGAAUUUUUGAUAUGUGCAAUCAUAUAUAGUAUGUAAGACAUUAAAUGCUCUUUUAAGGGUUUAAAUUAUACAUCUUAAAGACUCCUAGCACCUGUCAAAAGUGUCCAACUUACUCACAAAAAUAUAUUUGGACUUAUAUGCUAGAUAAAUGCUUAUGUACUGUACACUCUUAAUAACUUACAAUAUAAUAUGAUAUAAACUACAUACAGAUCUGCAAGACAAAUAUGCCAUGUUAGCAGGAUUCAAAGAAUAUAAAAAGUAAGAAUGCUCCAGUUGACCAGUAUUCUUAAAGUCACAAUAAACUUUUAUCAUGAUCAGAUGAUUAAAGUAGCAUCUUUUAAGCAAUAUAAACAGCACUUUUAUUUCUAGAGCUAGAAAAUCUUGUAGAAAACAACCUUUUGUGUGGUGUGUGGAUGAUAAUCUUUUGUACAAAAUUGUAGUGACACACACUUGAGAAAAUUUAACUUAUUUUAUGCAUUUUCUCCUUCCAGCUGGUUUUAAGACAGCAGGAGCAUAGCGCAUGUGGUUAACAAAAUCGAUUACAGUUUUGUCCUCUCGUACAAUUGCCAGUUUUCAUGCAGCUACACGUACACGUCAUCUUUGUAGGGUGCGGUUUUGUUUAUAAUAAUGAGAAUGUAUGAAUGUAUGUUGAACACUACUAUAUCAUUGCUUUA